UGCUGGUGGGGGUCGGCAUUAGAAGUGCGCCCCAGCUAUGAAGUCAGCGAGGGGUUAGACUCCGCUAAUCCGCGUUAACAGAUUAAUUAUCUUUGGGUAAUAUCGUGUCACUGCGGUGUUGUGAAGUCGCUCGGGUGUUAGGCUAUGAAGGGCUACAGUGCAACGAUAAAGAGUCCCUUAGGGGUGUCUCCUCAAUCUUAAUCCCCCUCUCUCUCUCUCUCUUUCUCUCUCUCUCUCUCUCUCUCUCUCCAUCUAUCUCACUCUCUCCCACUCUCACUCACUCGCGCUCACUCAGAGAUCCUCUCCCAUCCAUCAACAUAAGCACCUCUCUACUGUCAUCAGACGACCAGACACUUAUCGGCCAUUUAAUAUUUAAAUAACUACCAGAAUUGCCGUCUUCAUUUUUGUGCUUUUUGUCAUAUUUUUGGCAUGUCUCCAAGCCAUUUUUUCAGGAUGAUGUUUUCUCAAGAGCAUCAGGCGGUGAUGGCUGGCAGUAUACCUCUCUGAGUGGUUAAAUAUUUCACGGACGCCGGCAGAGAGAAGAGACAGAAGGAGAGAGAAACCUCCCAACACAACCGACAGAGGGUGGAGGAGGGGACUGGUGGCAGCAGAAAAUGGCUACCAUGACUACGGUACCCAGCUAUAACCCUUCGCUGUGGGUGAGAAUGUGUCACGCCCUGCCCCGGUUGGACUUCUCCAUGCAGAUGAGGGACAACGUCUUUGUCCCUGACAGCUGGGAGUACCAGCAGACUUUGCUGGUUUUGUCCAGUUUAUCAGCCAUCGCUCUUGUUAUCUCCCUAUUGGUGGUUCUCUCCUUCCUCAUACACUACUGCUGCUGUCACCGUGGUGACCGGAACGAAGGAUCAGAAGAAGAGGAGGAGGAUGACGAUGGCAGCACGGGUCACGGUUACAGUGGGAAGAAGGGGCGGUCAAUCUGCUGUGUCACGUGGGUGGCGGUGGCGGCUGUCACGCUCUGCUGUGUUGCCAUAGGCAUCGGUUUCUAUGGCAAUAGUGAGGCUAAUGAUGGGAUGUAUCAGUUGACCUCGUCUCUUCUCACAGCCAAUUAUACGCUAGCUUCCAUCGAUCUGCUGAUUUCAGACACAAUUACUGGACUUCAGCUGUCUAUCUCUGGCCCACUGGCCUCGAUGGAGGAGUUAUUUACCGGCAGCAAACCCUUCCUGGUUUCAACGCGGAACUGCCGGAGGUUAUCUGAGAACGUCAUCAAUCUCCUCUCCUCCAUCUCCCUGGCUCGGUCCAGCGUUGACACUGGGCUGGGGAAUGACAGCAGUAUCAGCGGGGCGUCCAUCACGCCUCUGACCCCAGUACCGCCCUCUGUGGCACCUACAGUGGUGCCUAACAGCGGCUUAAUGGCCAGCCCCUUCUCACCUGGCUGGGCGGCCAACACACUGAUGGUCAAUGAGGACUACAGGUGGCUGUCUUAUGUGUUGCUGCUGCUCCUUGACCUCAUAGUUUGUCUGUUCAUCCUGCUGGGACUCGCCAAACAAGCCCGUUGGCUGCUCAUCCUGAUGACAGUGCUGGCUUGGCUGGCCCUCUUCCUAAGCUGGGGCUCCCUGGGUUUGGAGACAGCCACUGUGGUGGCUCUCAGUGACUUCUGCUCAGAUCCAAAUGCGUUUGUCCUUAACUCCACCCAGUUCAACAGUGGGACCAGCUCAGACGUGUUGGAUUAUUACCUGACCUGCAACAGGCGCAUGAACAGUCCAUUCCAGCAGGUAAUGCCACCUCUGCCAGUCAGCGUAUUACAUUUGCAGCUGCUGACCCAGUCACAGAGGGCACUCUCAAACAUUCACACACAUCUCUCCAGUCUGGACAGAAAUGCUCUCACACAGUUCCCCAAAGCUGAGAAAUCACUCAGGGAUGUUCAACAGAUACUCAACUCAACAGAGGGCAACUUUCAUCAGCUGGUGGCACUACUGAACUGCCGGGGUCUGAAUAAGGACUACAUUGACUCACUGAAAGGCCUGUGCUAUGACGGGAUGGAGGGAUUGCUCUACCUCUCCCUUUACUCUUUUCUCUCUGCUCUGGCCUUCACUGCCAUCCUCUGCUCUCUACCUGGUGCCUGGAGGAGCUUCCCCAGUGAAUCAGAGGAGUACGAAGACUCAGACAGCGAGAGUGAGGACCCCUUCACUUCCCAUCAGGACUCCAAACGUUUCCUCCAAUGGCAACCCUGGCUAUGAGAGCCUACCCUUGACUGACAGGCAGUCCCCACCCCCCUCUUACUCUCCCAGCAUGCUGACUGGUUACGGGGGAAGUCAAUCACACCCCAACCCCGCCCAUUCGAGGAACCUGUAUUCACGUUGAUUACUAUUAUUUUUUGUUAGGAAAUGUAUAGAAAAAAAAAUGUUUAGUUUUCUUAUGAAUGGACACUUUAAUGAAAUGAAAAAGAAACUAAUCUAAAUAAAAUGAAUGCUAGGUGUCAAAGUGCGUAACGUCAGUACCACUGAGUAUUAUCAUUAUUACUAUUAUUAUUAUUAAAAGCACUUAAAAGAUACAACCGACAGUGAUUCUGCUGCUUGGUUAUGCUUUAAACCAAGUGUGCUUGGCCUAAAUUCCUCCCUCCCUUUUGUCCAAACUGUGUAAACUGUGGUGAGCCAAGUCAGAAUGGUAUUGACAUUACUACGUUGUAGUUUUAUAUUCUUAAAUGUAUCUGUACCACCACUUUAUUUUCGAGUUUUUAUAUAAAUAUUGUUGUAGAAAAGCACUGGCACGUAGCAACAAGACACAUUUUUUUUCUGUGAAUGGUUAUGCAGUUCCUUCACUUGGUAUGAUUUUUUUUUAAUUACUUUUUAUAGGUGGCGAUUCUGUAUUUUCCUUGUAUUACCUUAUGGUACUCUGUAUAUCUCUCACUGUCUGUAAUAUCUGAAUAAUCAUGAAUCUUUGCUCUUUAAAAAAACAAACAAACAAACAAAAAAAAAACUUGAGGGCUGCCGUGACUCUGUUUUAAUGACAGAACGGAGAACCGCCACUCAAUCUCUGAGGGUGGAGAACUAGAAAUCCCAUGCCAUGACAGCAGGUACAUAGCAAUAUGAAUCUUGCUACUGGUGCUGCAGUAGCCCUACCAUAACUAGCAAUAAUAACUAUGUAUAGCGUUGGAUUUCUGAGAUCUCUCCAAGAAGUUUUUGUGUAUAUAUGGUACUGGUGUGAGAUUUCAUCGAAUCCCUCCCUCUCUGACCCCGUUAACCCUUGAAUUGAGUUUGUAUGGUUAUCAAUGCUCCUUUUGAAUGGCAUCCUUUUACACUCGAGAGUCUAAUAUAAAUAAAAAUAACUUCAAUAACCCGA